GGUGGGGAGCGAAAUUGCAUCUUCCUCCCCGCAGCAGCAGCUCACCUCCAAAUCCCAAAAUUUCCCCAUAACUCCAACCUCUUAGAAAUUUCCCACUUCACUUCACUUUCUCACUAAAACCUCAACCCACUUCCAUUUCCCCUCAUUUCCAAUUUACAAACCACUCCAAUUUACAUUUCCCUAACCCCAUUCCUCUCCGUACAGCCCAAAACUGUGCGGACGCCAUGGCCUAGAAAUCCCACACCUUUUCUUGGAGAAAGAGAGGGGCUUUUCUGGGAUUUCACAGAUAUGGGGGCGUCGCUCUCCAACUUGACGGAGGGGGCGAACGGGUUGGGUCUUGGUCCGGGUCUGGGCGACAUCCCGGAGAGCUGCGUGGCUUGUGUUUUCAUGUACCUGACUCCGCCGGAGAUUUGCAACCUCGCCAGGCUCAACCGGGCUUUCCGCGGUGCGGCGUCGUCUGACGCCGUUUGGGAAUCGAAGCUGCCCCUGAAUUACCAUGAUCUGCUUGAUUUGCUGCCGCCGGAGAGGUACCGGAGCCUGUCCAAGAAGGACAUCUUUGCUCUGCUCUCCCGGCCUGUGCCGUAUGACGAUGGCAAUAAGGUGUUGUGGUUGGACAGGGUCACCGGAAGGGUUUGCAUGUCGAUUUCGGCCAAGGCCAUGGCUAUAACAGGGAUUGAGGAUCGGCGGUACUGGAAUUGGAUUGCUACUGAAGAAUCAAGGUUUCAUGUUGUAGCUUAUUUACAACAGAUAUGGUGGUUUGAGGUGGAUGGGGUUGUAAAGUUCCCUUUCCCUGCGGAUAUCUACACCCUAUCUUUCAGGCUUCACAUUGGAAGAUUUGCAAAAAGGUUGGGACGGCGUGUUUGCAACUUUGAGCACACCCAUGGGUGGGAUAUAAAGCCAGUACGAUUUGAGUUGUGGACUCCAGAUGGUCAGCAAGCAUCAUACGAAUGCUGCUUGGAUCAAAUUGAACAUGAUGAUGCCUAUGGCAAUUCAAAGCGUGGAUGCUGGGUCGAUUACAAGGUUGGUGAGUUUAUUGUCACUGAUGCAGAUCCUGUGACCGAAGUUAGAUUUUCCAUGAAACAGAUUGAUUGCACACAUUCCAAAGGUGGGCUAUGCGUCGAUUCUGUUUUUAUUAUCCCCAGUAAUUUGAAAGAGCGCAAAAGAAAAGGGGUGUUGAAGUAGCCAAACGAUGAACAGUGAAGUUGUUAAUUCAAAUGAAUGACCCCACAAGAUUCAAGAUGGGAUUUCUGUACACCAUUAUACUUCUGAAUUCAUAAGAUGUUCGAGAGGAGACGUCAUCUUAUUUGGUUUUUGCAGUAGGUGUGUGUGUCCUCUAUGGUCAUGUAACUUCCACUUUCAUGUACUUGAUCCAGUUUUGUUCAAUUCUCUAUACCUUGCAGAUUAGAAUUAGAUUAAGGGAACAUGCUCUUGUGUUACCUUGUCUUUUUGUUUGCUCACUGUAAAGCAUUUCUGUAACUUAGAUGUGAUGUCAAUCUACACUAUCUUUUCAUUGGUUACAUCAUCAUCAAUCAUGCUUGAUGUUUGGAAACAUUGGUUGACAAUAGGGAUGAUGUGUGUUCUAAUGUUCAAAUAGCAAUGUGCUUAUGAAUGUUUGCUUCUC